GCCGCUCAUAAGGGCGCAUGACGUCAGCGGGAGUACACAGUAGACCUAAACCGAAAAAGCUGCCAUGGUUCUCAUCAAGGAAUACCGUGUGGUUUUACCUUGUAGUGUUGAAGAGUAUCAGGUGGGCCAGCUGUUCUCGGUGGCCGAGGCCAGUAAAAAUGAGACGGGCGGCGGCGAGGGCAUUCAAGUGUUGAAGAACGAGCCCUACGAGAAGGACGAGGAGAAGGGACAGUUCACCCACAAGGUCUACCAUCUAGCAAGCAAAGUCCCCAAAUACCUGCAGAUGCUUGCCCCUGAGGGCUCCCUGGUCUUUCACGAGACCGCCUGGAAUGCCUAUCCCUACUGCCGAACUAGUGAGUGAGAUCCCUCAACCUGGCUCAGUCUGGCCUUUCCUGUCCUUUACCCCGAUGUCCUUGACCUUAUGCCUUGUGUUGUGUAGAAUGCUUUGUGUAUAGUGUAGAAUGCCUUGUUUAUUGUAUCGUAUGUGUUUUAAAUGUCUCAUAUUUGUCUCUCUUUGUCCCCCUCUUCUCUCAUGUGUGGUGUUCAUCCAGUUGUGACGAACGAGUACAUGAAAGACGACUUCUACAUCAAGAUCGAGACGUGGCACAAACCAGACACUGGAUUGCUAGAAAACGUGCACAAACUGGAUGAGGCCACGUGGAAGACCGUGGACGUGGUGCCCAUUGACAUCGCAGACAACAGUCAAGUGGAUUCCAGUGACUACAAGGCGGAUGAGGAUCCCGCCAUGUUCCAGUCAGUCAAGACUGCCAGAGGACCCCUCGGACCCAACUGGCAGAAUGAGCUGGACAAUAAGAAUGACUGCCCAAAGAUGUGUGCCUACAAACUGGUCACAGUCAAGUUCAAGUGGUGGGGCAUGCAGACCAAGAUGGAGAAUUUCAUUCACAAGCAAGAGAAGAGGAUCUUUACAAACUUCCACCGCCAGCUCUUCUGCUGGAUCGACAAGUGGGUGGAGCUGACCAUGGAGGACAUCCGGCGGAUGGAGGCGGAGACGCAGAAGGAGCUGGAGGAGCUCCGCAAACAGGGGGACGUUCGAGGAACCUGCGCGGCCGCCGAGUGAACGGACCCCACGGAUUUUAUUAACGGACGACCAUAAGGCCAACAGUGAUGAAGACUGCGAAGAGGUUCUCCCCCCAGCCCCCCCCCCAGGGGGACCCCUUCACCUUGACUGAUUCAGGCUGCCGAGGAGGGGGGGGGUCUGGGGAGCAGGUCCCCGACUUGCACCCAAUCAUAGACAUUUCUAUCCACUGGGGAAUUGAUUUCUAGAAAAAAGUGACACGAUCUUAGCUGAUAAGGCUCCGGUUAAUUUUGAUCUUUUGGACCGAGGAGGGUCUGCCCUCGGCGCCUCGUCGUUGGCGAGGCCUCGGCGUCGGGUGGGGAGAGAGGUGAAGAGUGGCACCUUCUCAGCGUUUUACUCUGCUUUGAUUCCACAGCGGCAGGUGUUCGACCCACCUUUCUGUUCUGCUCAGGGGAAUCACUUUCUCUGUAGUCGGUUGCACCCCAUUUGUCCCACCCUCCUCCUCCUCCUCACCCCAAGUUUGUGGCCACUUUUUGUCUCCAAAACAUUCCUCAUAAGACAGACGCCUUCCUGCCAUCCCAUCCAUCGUUGUCACCUCACCCGUGUUAGAGCUGCUCUGUAGCACAGUGAUCUGUAUUUCCAAGCAUCGGUCUGACUGCUCCAUCCUAAUCAUGUAUUUUCCUGCCUUGGCCUUCGUUAAGAGAUUACUAAUGCCUGUUAACCUACCAGUCCAACCCGGUUUCCCAAAGCUUUGCAUUUCUUUUACACUGACAAUCGUGUCCGCACAGGUAUUCGCUUUCUCUCCCGAGCAAAAAAGAUCCAACAUGACACACAGGAACACACGCUAGACACACGCAUAGACACAAGCACAAACGCAAGUGAAUUCAUGCACGGCCACAAGGAUGACUGAUCCUUCCUUAAAGCUCACUCUGGGCAAAUCUCUGCAGGCUUGUUCAGCUGACGGAUGGAUCUUCUCAAAAGUGCUCGCAGCUCUCUCCAUGAUUGGCCCCUCACCGCAAAACAAACACACACAGAUUCUCCGCACAUACUCGCAGAUAUACCUAAACCCCCCCCCCCCCCCCCCCCCCCCCCCCCCC